CACCUAUUCUAAAUUAUGUUCAUCCAGUGAUCAACAAGCCAAGAUUUGCUUGACAAUAGUAAUAGAUUCUUCUGUCAUCAACAACAUGGAAAACCUCCCUGCAGUUAUUACUGAAGAAGAAGAAGAAGCCAACACUAAAUUCAAAAAGCUUAUAUCAACUCUUCCUAAGGAAAAGGGCACCACAGUUUUGUGUCAGUACCAAGGCUUUUGGUACCCUUUGUCAGUUCUUCGAGGUAUCCUUUAUGUUCAAGAAAACUUCAACUCUUGUCCUACUGAUAUAUUCUUGUGUAGUGCUCCCAAAACCGGCACAACAUGGCUUAAAGCUCUGUCUUUUGCCAUUUCAACAAGAGAUCGUUUCGAUAUUGAAAAUAAUAACCCUUUGCUCACUAAUGUCCCUCACGUUCUCAUCCCUUUCUUAGAAAGUGAUCCUGCUAAGAUCCCUUCUAUUAAUAGAGAUACUCAUAUUCCACUUAUAGCCACCCAUUUGCCUUUCAGUGCUCUCCCCAAAUCUGUCAAAUCAUUGGAUGGUACAAAGAUCAUUUACGUGUGCAGGGAACCUAAGGACACCUUCAUUUCUCUUUGGCAUUUCAUGCAAAAUUGGCCUAUGAGGCUGAAGCAAGGUACAACAACAACAGAACCUAUAAGUACUUACUUCGAGAAGGAGUUUGAGUUGUUCUGUGAAGGGAAAACAAUGGGGGGACCUUACUGGGAUCAUGUUUUGGAGUACUGGAAAAAAAGUCUAGAAAAACCGGAAUCAGUGUUGUUUUUAAAAUACGAAGAAUUGACAAAAGACACGUUGUUCUACGUUCGAAAAAUGGCUGAGUUCAUGGGAAAACCAUUUUCAAGAGAUGAAGAGGAACAAGGGGUGCCAGAAAAGAUUGUGAAAUUAUGUAGUUUUGAGAAUUUGAGCAAUUUGGAAGUGAAUAAGAGCGGAAAACAUGACACUUUCGAGAUAGAUAACAAAAAUUAUUUCAGGAAGGGCAAGCCUGGAGAUUGGAAAAAUCAUUUAACUUCUAAUAUGAUCGAUAUAAUGGAUAAUAUCACCAAAGAAAAGUUAAGCGGGUCAAGUUUCUGUUUUGGUGCAUCAAGUACUGCAAAUAUAUAAGGCAGAGAUAUUCCUAUCUUGCAUGUAUGACAUUAAUUAAAAUGUAUGUUUGAGUGGUUUAAUUUGGUUAUCUGCCAGUGAAUAAUGAUCGUUAUUUUCUUUUUUCAA